UUUCUUCAGAUUCAAAAUGUUCCACCUCCGUCCUUCUGCGUGUUCACUCACACACAGCUGAUGACAAAACGUCUCACAGCACCUUACACUGAGGAUGCAGGGAACUUCUUCACCUUAAUCCACGGAGAAGAAGUGUUUUUUUCUUCUUCUUUUCUGUAUUCAUUCGCCUGCUGCAUCAUGAGCGCUGAAUGCAGCAGUUACCACAGCGCUGACGGCGUGUUUGUGGACGGAUUCUCAUGCCCCAGACCGGGCAAUGCCGUUGCUGCUGUCUACUGCUGCGGAUUUAACGAUGUCAAGUAUUGCUGUGACGAUCCCAACAGUUUUUUCCCGUAUGAGUACGGAUACAUGUGGUGGCUGAGUAUCGGCGCUCUGGUUGGUCUAUCCAUUGCAGCGGUGGUCCUCCUUGCCUUCCUCAUCACUGUGUGUGUCCUCUGCUACCUUUUCAUCGCCACCAAACCCAGUUGUCUUGACAACGGCCUACCCCUCAGAACGCCAGCAGGAGAUCCCAGUGAAGGACCCAGUCAUGGGAGAGCGACCUGCGUCUCUGGUCCACAGGGAUUCAGGAAACACUUCAUGAGCAGGAAACUGGACUGUGAUAACCAGCCGCCAGACCCCGAGCUCCUGUUCCAGAGGUGUUUCACAGCUACCGCCACCGGUCUGAAAGUGGAAAAUCCUUCGUAGGCCGCAGAGAUACUUGUUGUUAAAAAAAAAUAAAAAAUGAGGCCAGCAGUCCAGAAAUCAAGAGAGUCAGUGUGUCUGAAGGCAGAAUGCGCUACCAGGGAACUGCUGGGACAAAAAAAAAAAACACUCUGAGGGCUUUGAAUCAAAAUUGCGUAAGCGUACACAAUGAAAGCUCUCAAACACAUGGAUUCAAUUUCUUCAGACACUAAAUGACUCAUAACGCAUACGUGUUUCAGCACCCUGCAGCAGUAAUUAAGAAUGGAUUGGAACGAAUUAUCCACCAUCUUCUUGGAACAUAAGGUGUUUAAGUGGCCUCAAGAAAGCCAAACCCUUGUUGAAUUAUUAAGGCAUAUGGUAGGGGGGACUGAGGACAUAGGCCUGUUAAGAUCCAGUUUACACUCAGGAUGCACAGUUUCAUGUGAGCCAAGACAACAGCAGAGUCUAGGACAGCUAGGCUAUAAAGUCAGGGUGCACCCUGGUGAAGUAGGGUGCUGUAUACUUGUAACCACAUCUGCUAUAUUUUACUCAGGGACUGAAGGAUUUGUGGGGAAGCUCUACAGUGUGAGGAGACCAGAAAAAUGACAGCGCUGGUUAUUAAUUCAAGUGCAUUAGAUGACAAGAGACUUCUUGUAAUCAUUAAUGUUUGACUGUCUCCUACCAACACUCAGAGCUGUUUUUUUUUUUUUAACCAAGACCAAUUUCAGCCAGAGACACAUCAAGGAACUGACUUUUCUUUUUAAAAGAUGAAUUUUGGCAGUUUUGCCUCCACAGUAAUUGACAGCUGCCAGUGAAAGAGGCAGACACGGAAAUAGCAGAGAGAGUGGUAUGACAAAGGUCCCCAGCUGGAAUGAAUUGAACAUUUAUUGCAAAUGGUUGUACACUUUGCUCUUUACAGCAAUGGCGCUCUCAAGAUAAUCUAAGUCUCAACAUGGAUUCUGCUGAGAUGUGAUAAUAAAGACAUACAAGAACACUAAAUCUUAUUUAAAUUGACAAUACCAAAAUGAUAGCACAUAAGGAGGACGUUGGGGCAGUGGAGCUUGCUGUGGCAGUAUCAGAAUAGCAACAGUGAUAGGUGCCAAGUUAAAAUGGCCCACUCUAAACCUGCCUAGACCUGCAUGAAUAUGAUUGGAUAUAAAUAGUGAGCUGAGUGAAUGAGCCAGGGAAUGUGAAGCAUGCAGUGUUGUAUGGCAAAAAAGUUGAACCUGGCUCAACUUUUCCAAUCAAAUCCAUGCAUGAGUACACAUUCCUGGUAGAUUACUUCACAACAAGUACACCAUGUUUCUAAUGAUUAUGUGAUUAAAGAUAAGAAUUGUCACUGUGAGUUGUAAAUUCACACAUCUGCUACUCAAACUAGACUUUCUUGAUUGUAUUUCAUAGCUCACCUGAAAGAGACAAUCAGUAGGAUUUUCCUAAAAAAACAAUGUAUUCUAAUACAAAAGUAAUCUCUCUCAAUCAUUACUUAUGAGCCACCAGAAGCGUGUGGCGGUGUCUGUAUCUACAGGGACCCUGCCCUCUGACUGGAUUUUCUUACUUUACUGUGUUGGGGAUGGUUCUGGGAGUCAGCCUCUAUAAAAACCUAGCGACCAGGUGCCAGAUUGUUACCACACAUCCAAUACGGAGCUACAAAAAUGGUAACCAUCAUGGACCUUUUUCACAGCAGACAUUUUGACUUGUCAUAGUAGGAAAAGCACAGCAG